AUGUCAUCCACUCCGAGUUAUCUCAUCAGUGGCAUGCCCAGCGGCAUCGAGUGCGCCAAGCCCAAGAAGCUGACGCUGAUGUCAAGCCACAACUCGAGCGCAGUGAACCGGGGCGAGUCUUUCACCGAGGACACCUCGGUCAAGCUGCUGCCGGAGAAAGUCGUGCUUGAGUUGUCGCUCGAGUGGGACGACGGCGACGAACUCAGCUCUUGGAGGCGCUGGUUCACGUGCUUCCUAGCUACGAGCGUGGCGUGGGUCACCGUCAUCCUCUGCACCUUUAACUCGCCCACGGCCCUCGCGUCCACGUCCAUGAGCGCGGAGCAGGCGCGGCCCCACAUCGUCUUCAGCUUCACGACGACGCCCAGAGGCAUCAUGCAGCCCAUGGUGGACGCGCUCGUGCGCCAGGAGGGCGACGGCUUCGAAGCUGUGUACGUCAUCGCGCCCAAAGUGUACCGCGACCAGGUCGUGCCGAUCCCCGAGUGGCUGCUGGACGGCCGGACCAAGCUCAACCAGAGCGAGUUCCGCGGCAUCAUGUUCGCCACGGGGGCGAGUCUCAAGUGCUUGUUUCUCGUGUCCGGGCAGCCUUGCGCUCUCAUCGCGAACUGUCCGAACUACGUACUCAAAGUGCAGCAAAUGACGGGCAUGCGACCGUGGCCUGAGUACUCUGACGUCGCAUUCUUUUAUCGUCAUGGACCAGCGUUCGAGUUGUAUUCCGGUGCUGUGCUUCCCACAGACGCGACGGUGGACGAGACCUGGGUUGGAAGCGACUUCACGGGUGUCUUCGCGUCUAAACUAAGCGACGAGAACGGGUUCAGCUCCAGUGCAGCAGCAGAAGAUGACGACGACUGA